UCUUUCACCAUAUCCAUGGGAUGCUUUGUUCUGCUAGUUGUGAACUUGUGAUGCAUUUGAGCAUUUUUACCGUGGUUGUGACAUAAAAGAAAAAAAAAAAGGAAAAUUUGAAAAGCAAAAGAAGGUAGAACACAAACAGUCUGACUGACACGGCGGUCCCACGUAAGCCCCCAAAGCACUUAGGUCGAGGCCCCACAUGUCAUGCACCCACCCCUUCCACCCAUCUCAAGGCUUCGUCUUCUAAUUCCUCUGAUCCCACCACCUGUUCACCAUGGCUGCCCCCUCCACAUCCGGUGACCCCGUCGCCGCCGGCGAAACAUCCCCAUCCCCAUCACAGGAGCAUCAGCGUCGCCACCCGACCUCCCGCAUCUUUCACAUCGUGCGUACCUACCUCGACCUCCCCUCCAAUUCCAAGAAGCGUCGUGCCGCUCCCAAGAGCCAGACCGGGACCGGCGGCCAAGAAACGCAUGCCGCUGGAGACGAAACGGACGGGGGAAAGACAGGGGAACCCCCGGUGCAGCCGUCGCGGCUGCUCCGGGAGCUGGGAAUCCGCGUCUCCCGCUACACGCACGAGGAGCGCCGGGACAUCAUCCUCCGCUACAUGCAGAAGCGGAGCGACCGAAAGGUCAUGAAUCGCUCGGCCAGUAAGGUGUGGUUCGUAUGAUGACAGUUAAGUUGAUGGGAUUGGGGAGAGCGUAAUUAGAGUGAAGAUGACAACUUUUUUUUGCCUGCUGCUGCUGCUUGCAGGUCCCACCGCGGCAGGCUCUGGCGGAGCGGCGGCGAAGGGGGGUCGGUGGGAAGUUCCUCGGCAAGGAGGACGUGCAGACUGCAGAUAAACCAGAAGAAAAGCUGGAAGAAGAGCCAGAAUUGCCACCAGGAGUCGUCUCAAAUGCUGGAGGAGUGCCCAUAGUUGGAAUGGUUUUUGAGAAUGAAGAAAAAGCAUACGAGUAUUAUGUUAGUUAUGCAGGAAAUGUCGGAUUUAGCGUACGAAAAAGUAGUGGGAUAAAACUGCUAAAAAUGCCACUAGGUCAAGGGUCUAUGUCUGUUCUAGGGAGGGCUUUUGCUCAAAGAAUGAGGCCAAGAGACCUCGCCCAGAUACAAGGAUGGGUUGCCCUGCACGAUAGCUAUUAAAUUAACACCUAGUGGUAGAUAUCGAGUAACGGAAUUUGUGGAGGAUCAUAAUCACCAGCUUGCUGCACCAUUUGAUAUGGAGAUGCUGAAGUCACAGAGAGUGUUGACCAAGGCUCAACCUGAAAAUCAAAAUGCUAGUAACAUUCCUCCAGGGUACAAGAAUUACCUCCGGUCCAAGUCUACAAAAGAUAUAAAAUCUGGGGAUCCCAGAGUUCUGAUGGAUUAUUUUUGAAGAAUGAAGAGUGAUAAUCCAUCGUUUUAUUAUGCCAUUCAGUUGGAUGAAAAUGACAAAGCAGCUAACAUCUUCUGGGCUGAUGCAGGAUCAAUCAUGGACUAUCACUACUUCUGCGAUGUGAUCUGCUUUGACAUGAUCUACAAAGUGAUUGACUGCAGCAGGCCUUUAGCUUUGUUUCUAGGUAUGAACCAUCAUAGGAAAAUGGUCAUAUUUGGUGCUGCUUUUCUGUAUGAUGAAACUGCUGAAUCUUUCAAGUGGCUUCUCGAGACCUUUAAGAGUGUCAUGUGUGGGAAACAACCAAAGACAAUUUUGACAGAUCGAUCCGCGGCCUUGAAGGAAGCACUGGGUCUCACUUGGCCUGGUACUAUUCACCGUUCCUGUGUGUGGCAAAUAUACCAGAAUACUGUUAAGUCCUUAGCAGAUAUGCUUGGUGCUUCUGAAGAAUUUACAUAUGAUUUCAGACACUGUGUAUUUGAAGUUGAGGAUGAACAAGAGUUUGUUGACUCAUGGAAUGUGAUAAUGCACAAACACAACCUUAAAGAGAAUGAAUGGUUCAUUAAGCUUUAUGAGGAUCGGGAAAAUUGGGCCUUGCCAUACAGUCGGCAAAUAUUCUCUGGGGACAUUAAAAGCAUGCUACAAGCUGAAAAUGUUGGCACUAGACUCAAAGAGUACUUGGAUUGCAAUACAAAUCUACCCCUUCUUUUGAAGUUUUUUGAAAGUUCAGCAGAGAAGAGGAGACAAGAAGAGAUGCAAGUUGAUUACCAAGCCCAUCAAGGGGCACUGAGAAUAUCUCUGCCAUUGCUAUGGCAGGCUGCGAAUUUGUAUACCCCAGUAACUUUUGAGUUAUUCAGAAAGGAAUAUGAACGAAGUGUGGACUGUAUGGCUUAUGGUUGUGGGGAGGUUGGCUCUCUUUCUGGAUAUAUGAUUAGCAUCAAGAACAAAACUAAGGACCAGCUUGUGCGAUUUGACUCAUCAGAUGGUACGGUUGCAUGUACUUGCAAAAUUUUUGAAAAUUCUGGAUUACUAUGCUGCCAUAUAUUAAAAGUAUAUGAGUUGAGGAAUGUUAAAGAGAUUCCCCCCCCCCCCCCCCCCAGUGUUUUCUGAAGAGGUGGAGGAAAGAUGCAAAGUUGGUGACCAUGGAUGAAACUGAUGGGUUUAAUUUUGACAGUUACACAAAAUCUUCUUUUCCAGGACGUUAUGCAGUUCUUUGCCACUUGUUCUAUAAGAUUGCUGCUAAGGCUGCAGAGAACAUAGAGACAUUUGCACUGAUGACAAGCCAGUCAGAUCAACUUCUCGCAGAAGUAGAAAGAACUUUGCAAUCUACACUGGCUGACAAGUCAUCUGGCCAUUCCAUCAAGGACCAAUUGACUCACAUGGUCCAGAAUAGCUAUCUACUUAGUAGUAGCAAUGAGAUUCAGGGUUCUACUGGACAGAAGUAUGAAGUUGCUCGCCGUAGAAAUGAUUUGGAAACCAAUAAACGGAAGAAAGCAAGAAAGGGGCAACCUGAUGAAAGAGAGGCUGGACCAAGAGGAGAGCUGAAUAUUACACCAGGAAGUAUACAAUCUGAACCAAAGAAUGCUUCAAAUCCAUUCCUCCCAGAUCAAUUAAUGAAGGGACAUUAUGUACUUGGUCACAACUUUGGGCUUGGUAGCUCACAGCACCUUCAUGACAAUUUGAAUCAGUUUGGUCAGGCCGCCUCAGUUUCAACACUGUAACAGCAGCCAUUUCCCCAAGGAUAUCCUGGUGAUACACAUGCGUUGCAAUUUGUUUAGACAACGCCCCAGAUCGACAAUCAGAAUGGUGAUCAGGGUCAGUCAUCAAUACCGGUGUGGCAUUUUCUUUUAUAGAAUUUUAGUAGGUAACAAAGUGAUAGCUUCCUGCUUGGGCACUUUGGCAUCGUUUCCUCGAUGCAAGAGGUCGCUUGAUGUUCACCUAGGUUGAAAGAACAUAGGACUGCUGGACUCUCAAUGGCAAACUUUCGUCUUACAUCUUGACUAUCAUGAGCUGCCUGAGAACUAGAAGUAGGGUGGAAUUCAGUGUAGUAGGAUCUGAAUUUUCCCUCCAGCUGUGGAUCCCAAAAGGGGCUUUUGUAUAUAUAAAAUUGGUUAUCUGUAAGAACUAGAUUGGGUUGCUCCCAGUCCCAGGGAUGUGCUGAGGCACAAUAUAUUCU